AUGGAGACGCUAACAGCACCACCCAGGUCAGAUCUGAGUAUACCAGUGCCUGGAGCUGGUAAACAUUUCGAAAUGCAUCCAUCAGGCCCAUCCGUAAACCCCGCGACGCGCAUGCCACCGCCUCCAUCCAACAACCAGGACAGUCAGGACCGGUCGCAUAUUCGAGAACAAGACCGGCAAUCUACUCAGAGCGAAGACAGUAAUUCGACUUCCAAGCUGGCCACUGUCGAGCGCUCUCACACGAUUUUACCGACUGUUCCAUACGAACAUGACCAGAAUGACGCGUCGCAAUCGAGUAGUCGAGUCCGCACUCCAGAAGAUGCGUCACAGUCCCAGACAGACUCAAUAUACAGCCCGACAAGACACAAGAGGACUGCCAGCGGCCUUUUCAAGGCUGUCGACACUCCAAAUGAACAGAGACCACGCGCCGAGAGUGUGAGCUCGGCUGGCAGCAAGGCCGGCGAGGUUGCUGCUCAGCUUAAAACUCGACUCGCAUACGCAAUGGUCAAGGUCCAACACGGUUGGGAACAUCGCAACAUCAACGAGGUUGAGCGAUUGGCUGCCGCCAUGCACCCACGUAUGGCUGCGUCACCAACAGCGUCCACUGCACCCAUUGACAUCCGGUCACCACCUUCGAAACGACGUUCCGGAGCGGGCGUGGUGACUUGGUCAUUGCCAGACUCGAGUCCAGCCAUGAACGGCCACUCACAGAACGCCCAUAUGUUCAGACGUCCUUCGGUAUCUUCUCCUCCUGCACAAGUCCUCCAAGUGCCCUCAACACCUAAAUCUCGUCCGCCGCCUGUACGCUCGACCAUGCCAACUCAACAAGCCGAACAAGACGCCAUGGAUGCUUUGAUGUUGAUGGGUGGAAGUCCAGGUAAUGGUGGCAAGUUCCCUGCUUCGCAGUCUUCUUCAUCACAACAGACGUUACAUUCUCAGUCCCAGCAGAACUGGCAAUGUCAAGGCUCAGUGACGGCGCCGAGUCGUCAUUAUCCAGACUCUCCAACUGCAGCAGACAAAUCACCCAUGCGGCCCAUAAUCUUGAGCCGUAACAACAGCAGUACCUCAGAAGUCAGCAUUGCUAAUAGCGAAGUUCGUGAAGCAAGAGAGAGGGUGUUGGAGGAGGUUGAAGAAGCAGCAUGA